AUGGGUGAGGCUCCUUCCUCCAGUCUGGUCCUCGCCAGGAAGGUCUCCAGGCCCAGUGAGGGGCAGAGUCAGGUAACAGACCUCUCUAACCUUCGUUCAGAUGGGAAGACCUCAGGGAACUGCUCCCUCUGCCAUGAGAUGGGACAGCUGGGUCAGGAGAUCACUAAGCUGCAGGGCGAGCUGGAGGAGAUCCAGAAGAUGCUUUUGGUUCAAGAAAUUCUACUUGACCGGACUUCCCAGACCCACAACCAGCUCUCGUCCACCAGCAACAAGAUCACCAGCGAGGUGGACGACUGCUCCUUCUCCAUCCGGCAGGUCAACGAAAGCUUGGGGCAGUUCCUGGCCCAGGUUGGGGGCUGGCAGGUGGUCACCUCCCAGCUGGACAACUCCCUCAAGGGCUUGGACCAGGAGCGCUACGAUGUCCGAGCUGCCGUGCAGCAGAUGAACUUCACCCUGGGCCAAACCUCCGACUGGAUCCAGGUCAUCCAGAGGAAAACGGACGAGGAGACGCUGACGUUGCAGAAGAUCGUCACCGAGUGCGUCCAAGGCAGCGUCGGCGCGGUGGCUCGUCAGGUCGGCCAGAACUCGGAGAGCAUGCACGACCUGGUGCUGCAGGUGAUGGGGCUGCAGCUGCAGCUGGACAACAUCUCCUCCUUCUUGGAUGACCACGAGGAGAACAUGAACGACUUGCGCUACCACAACAGGUACACGCAGAACCGCACGGCCGAGCGCUUCGAGACCCUGGAGGGGCGCAUGACCUCCCAUGAGAUCGAGAUCAGCACCAUCUUCGCCAACAUCAACGCCACCGACAGCCACGUCCACAGCAUGCUGCGCUACCUGGACGACGUGCGGCUCUCCUGCACCCUGGGCUUCCACACCCACGCCGAGGAGCUCUACUACCUGAACAAAUCCCUCAGCCUGGUUCAGGGCACCACGGACCUCCUGCGGGAACGUUUCAGCCUGCUCAGCGCCCGGCUGGACUUCGACAUCCGCAACUUGUCCAUGGUCAUGGAGGAGAUGAAGGUGGUGGACGUCCGACACGGAGAGAUGCUGAAAAACUUCACCGUCUUACGAG